CGCGCAGCCGCACCACGUUGGGGUGCCGGAACUGCCCCAUGCGCGCGGCCUCGCGCAGGAACUCCCGGCGCUGCCGCUCGCCCGCGCCGCCCUUGAGCGUCUUCACCGCCACCUCGGCCUCGGGCUGGCCCGGCAGCGCCAGCCGCCCGCGCCACACCUCGCCGAACUCGCCUGGGGCGGGCAACGGGGUCAAUCCACAGGGAAAAACAAAAUCGACACAAAAAACGGCCAAAAUCCGGGAAAAUACACCCAAAAAACCACCCAGAAACCAACAAAUCCGCCCAAAAACCACCCAGAAACCAACAAAUCCACCCAAAAUCCACCCAGAAACCAACGAAACCCAACCACACCUCGCCGAACUCGCCUGGGACGGGCAACGGGGUCAAUCCACCCGCAAAACCAAAAUCGACACAAAAAAUGGCCAAAAACUGGAUAAUUACACCCAAAAAACCAUCCAGAAAGCAACAAAUCCGCCCAAAAUCCACCCAGAAACCAACAAAUCCACCCAAAAACCAACAAAACCCAACCACGCCUCGCCAAACUCGCCUGGGGCGGGCAACGGGGUCAAUCCACCCGGAAAACCAAAAUCGACACAAAAAACGGCCAAAAACUGGAUAAUUACACCCAAAAAACCAUCCAGAAAGCAACAAAUCCGCCCAAAAACCACCCAGAAACCAACAAAUCCACCCAAAAAACCACCCAGAAACCAACAAAUCCACCCAAAAACCCAACGAAACUCACCCACACCUCGCCGAACUCGCCUGGGGCGGGCAACGGGGUCAAUCCACCCGGAAAACCAAAAUCGACACAAAAAACGGCCAAAAACUGGAUAAAUACACCCAAAAAACACCCAGAAACCAACAAAUCCACCCAAAAACCAACAAAUCCACCCAAAAUCCACCCAAAAACCAAUGAAACCCAACCACGCCUCGCCGAACUCGCCUGGGACGGGCAACGGGGUCAAUCCACCGGGAAAAACAAAAUUGACACAAAAAACGGCCAAAAUCCGGAAAAAUACACCCAAAAAAUCACCCAGAAACCAACAAAUUCACCCAAAAACCAACAAA